AAUUUUUUUCCGGAGUUUAUUUAAUUUACUUGUUUACUUGUUUCAUGGAUACACAUUACUUACCGGUGAAUUUUCAGAUGCAUAUGAAUGUGUAAUUGUACAUACACCAUAGACUUAUGUAUAUAAAUACAUGUAAUAUAUACAGUAAGAAGUUAUAAAUUUAAAAAACUUUUUAUUAACUAAAAACUUAACGUUUAAAAAAUGAUAGAAGUAACAAGAAUUAUCUUGAAAAUGAGUGCUGUGACCACCAUAGGCUUUGGUGGUUGGUUUUUGGGUAAAUAUUCGGAACAGAAACGAUACUUGAACGUAGCAAAAGAAGACGAUGGAUUGUGUAAUUUUUCAAAUACACCUGUUAAAAAAAUGCCUGGUUUGCCUUUAUUUGGAACAGUUUCUGCGGCAACUGCAAUUGUUCCCACAGAAACUGAAAUUGAUAUGGGUUCAAAAUUAUCAGCAACAGGUAAAAGGGUGUCUGAAAUUAUGAAAUAUGGAUUUCCUGGAUUGGAUCAAGUCAGAUCUUAUGAUGACUUUGUUCUAUCUUAUGAUAGAAGAAAUAGGGUAGCACAUUGGGUAUUUGAACAUUUGAAUAGAGAAAGAUUAAAACCUAAUGGUGAGAUAUCACGUGCUAAAUGUGAAUUUAAACCUGAUCCAAGUAUACAUCCAUUUUUCAGAGCUGAUAACAGUGAUUAUAAAGGUAGUGGAUAUGAUCGUGGGCAUUUAGCAGCUGCUGGGAAUCAUAAAUUUUGUCAGGCUCAUAUAGAUCAGACAUUCUAUUUAACAAAUAUGGCACCACAAGUAGGUCAGGGUUUCAAUAGAGAUUCCUGGAAUAGAUUGGAGAAAUAUGUUAGGCAUUUAACUAAAUUUUAUAAGGAUGUAUAUGUUUGUUCAGGUCCUCUCUAUUUACCAAAAAUAGAAUCUGAUGGAAAGAAAUACGUGCGAUAUGAAGUUAUUGGUGCUAAUCAUGUAGCAGUACCAACUCAUUUUUAUAAAAUAGUUGUUGGGGAAACACAUGAUUCAAAACUAGAAAUGGAGGCAUUUGUAAUGCCAAAUACUCCUAUAGAUGACAGGGUUCCUUUAACAAAUUUUCAGGUACCGCCAGAGAGCGUCGAACGCGCAGCUGGACUUUUAUUCUUUGAUAAAAUCUCACGCGAUAAAUUAAAUAAAAUAAAUGGAAGAAAAGUUAGAUAAUUAUAAUGCAAAGUUAGAAAAUUGCAGUAAAUGUUUUGAUAUAAUUAUUUAAAAUGUAUCAACUAGUUUUAUCUUCUAAUCAAUUUAAAAAUAGAAAUUUUGCAAUAAUACUUUUAUGUAUUAUUGUAUGUUUAAUCUUGUAUAGGUGUACGUUUUAUUUAGAAACAAUCAUUGUAUAUUAUCAUAUAGUCUUUAAAAUACACAUACGCACUAAAUUUUCGUAUUUUUAUAAAGCAGUUCAAUUACUUUAGUCUCUAUUUUAUGUCAUCUUAUAAAUAAUACUGAAAUGAAAUAUUUAAAUUUUUAUUAUUUUUGUACAUUCAGCAAUUAUUUACAUACAAUAUUGCAUGUUGUCACAUCUUGUCAUAAAAUAAGUAUUCACAUGAAAAGCGCAUGCACUCUUAUUUAGGUAUUUUUCUUAGUAUCCAAAGUUUCAGUCUUGAAUAAAACAUUUAUGAUAUUUAAUUUAUAGUAGAUAUUGAACAAGGAUUAUUUUUCAUAAUUUACGAUAAUGCAAUACAGUCAUUUUUAUCUUUCGAAAUAUAAAUUAUUCACAUCAUAAAGGUCGUAUUUGUUUUUUGAUUGGUACUUCGUUAAAACAUUUUCAUAUUACAUACGCUGCGUUUCUUAAAAACUUUGUCAUUUGAUAUUAAAAUUCAAUGUAACGAAUUUUGUAUUCGUUUAAGAGAAAAUAAUGAUACAUUAAAAUUAAUAUAUUUAAGACAGACGAUACAUCACUUUUUUCAUUUCCGUAAAGAACAAUUAUUUUGUUGUUACCGAAGAGAAACGAUAUUUUUAUUGUUUAUGAUUAGUAGACGAGAAAAAUUCUCGCUAUUACUUUGGUCGUGGUAGUAAGUGGUUACGUACCAAAUAAUAUUCGUUAUUAAAUACUAUAUCCAUAUAAAAUGCUAAUGGUAAAAUCGUUAAUAAUUUCAACUUAUACUCUAAUUUAUGUACAAAAUUAACAAGCACGUUGGUACUGGGAAACGUACAAACGCACGAACGACAAUUAACCACCAUCUACGAAAUUUUUACAAAGUUCCGUUUAUCUUUGUAAUAAGUCGUAACAUUACUACGAUUUCAUAAUGAUAUCUAUAUAUUAUAGUUGCCUGGUAGCUAGCAAGUAAAAUAAUGAGUAACGAAUACCAUUAUGCUUUAGAGAUCUCAACGUACACAUCUAUGUUUAACGCGUUUCUAAAAUGCACACUUGAAAUUCUUUUAUAUUCAUUGCUUAUAAAUAACAUUUUCACGUAGGAUUGAUUAGGCACUAAAAUGGACGGGUCUCGUUGCUUAGGAGCUUUUCUUGAGUAUUGCUUGCAAGUUAAGGACACUUAACGAAGUUUUAAGUACACUUUGUGUAGUUACAUUGAUUCAUGAAAAUCAACAAAUUUGGUAAUACACUGUUCAGUGCUGUAUUCGUUCAAUAAAGCUCCUUAAUAAUCAA